UUGAAAAUUAUAAAGCAACAGAAAGUGAGGUAGAGGGGGAGACGAAGAAGAGUGGUUUACUGCUUAUGAGAGUGUUCUGUAUUGGCGCUAAAUCCGUGGCGGAGGUCGUUGCCCGUCACUCCCAUAAUCUUGGUUGAAAUUGUUCCAACAGGUAGCAAUUACAUUUGAAGAGAAAUUAAUAAUUAGCAUAAAAAUCAUUAAAAGACGAAGGAAAAAAGGUAGAGGCAAGUUAAGGGACAACUGAGACGGAGAUGAAGGGCGCGGCUUCUUCUUAUGGAUAUGCGGCGAAAAGGCGAUGGAGAGGGCUUGCGAUUGGGGUGCUGGGUCUCGUUAUCCUCUCCAUGCUGGUUCCUCUUGUCUUUUUGCUCGGCCUUCACAAUGGCUUUCGCUCUGCGGCAUCUUCUGCAGGUUAUGUUUCCGAACAACAAGGUUCAGCUUCAGAUGGUUUAAGAGGAUAUGACCAGUACAAAAUCAGAAAUGCUUGGAAUGCAUCUGAGGGGGAUCAAUCAAGCAAUGUAGAAAGGCUUAUUGGAAAAUUUGGACCAACUCUUCCAAAGGAUGUUCUUAGAAACUUGUCCAACAAAGCGAAUAAAACCAUCGCUAGAGGUUCGAUACGCGAUACUCAACCAAAAAAAGGUCUUCCAGUGCCUCCACAUGGUAUUAUGCCAUCACCUCCCAAUGCAAAUAAUCCUAAAGUUGGUGCUGCAGUUGAAGGCCCCUUAUAUACAAAAGAUGUUGAUGAAAUUGGAAAAUUAUGUGAGUUUAAAUUUGGUAGUUAUUGCCUUUGGCGCCAAGAACAUGUAGAAGAAAUGAAAGAUUCUACAGUGAAGAAAUUGAAGGACCAACUAUUUGUGGCUAGAGCAUACUAUCCUAGUAUUGCAAAACUUCCUAGACAGGACAAGUUGUCUCGUGAGCUGAAGCAAAAUAUUCAAGAACUGGAGCGUGUUCUUAGUGAAAGCACUACAGAUGCUGAUCUUCCACCACAGAUUGCUAAGAAGUUACAGAGGAUGGAAGCUGCAAUAGCCAAAGCCAAAUCAUUUUCUGUGGAGUGUAACAACGUUGACAAAAAAUUGAGACAAAUAUACGAUAUGGCCGAGGACGAAGCGAACUUCCACAUGAAACAGAGUGCCUUCCUCUACCAUCUCGCAGUCCAGACUAUGCCAAAGAGUCUUCACUGCCUGUCAAUGAGACUGACAGUGGAAUAUUUCAGAUCUCCUCCCAACAAUAUGGAGCUCUCUGUGGCUGAAAAAUAUAUAGAUCCUAUACUGCACCACUUUGUUAUUUUCUCUAAUAAUGUGCUUGCAUCAUCAGUAGCAAUCAACUCAACUGUUAUGCAUGCAAAAGAAAGCAUGAAUCAGGUUUUUCAUGUGCUUACAGAUGAACAGAAUUACUUUGCAAUGAAACUAUGGUUUCUGAGAAAUACUUUCAGGGAAGCCACAGUUCAAGUGUUAAACAUUGAACGUCUUAAGCUGGACAACCAUCAUAAGGCAACUCUGUUGCAUCUUUCCCUGCCUGAGGAGUUUCGUGUUUCCUUUCGCAAUGUUGAUAGUCCGCCUACAGCCUCUAUUAGAACAGAAUACAUUUCUAUUUUUUCUCACUCACACUAUCUUCUCCCUGACAUAUUCCAGAAUUUGAAGAAAGUUGUGGUUCUCGAUGAUGAUGUUGUCGUGCAGCAAGACUUGUCAGAACUAUGGAAUGUCGACAUGAGAGGGAAAGUUAAUGGCGCUGUGCAGUUUUGCUCAUUAAGGUUUGGUCAACUGAAGAAAUAUUUGGGUGAGAGCAGUAAUGAUAAAAAUUCUUGUGCUUGGAUGUCUGGAUUGAAUGUAAUUGACCUGGUCAGGUGGAGGGAGCUAGAUCUUACUGAAACUUACCAAAGGUUGACUCAGCAGCUGACCAUGCAUGAGGGAUCAAAUGAAGCCAUUGCGUUGCGUGCAAGCUUGCUCAGCUUUGAGGACCUAGUUUUUUCUAUUGAUGGUGCUUGGGCUCUGUCUGGACUAGGACAUGACUAUAGCAUUGACAUCCAAGCCAUUUCGAAAGCUGCAGUUUUGCACUAUAAUGGUAACAUGAAACCUUGGCUUGAGCUCGGAAUUCCAAAAUAUAGACAUUACUGGAAGAAAUUUUUGAACCAAGAAGAUCAGUUCUUGAGUGAAUGCAAUGUAAAUUCAUAGUGAGCUGAUGUUUCAAAUUGAAUGCUUCAAACUCCGGGAACUAUAAGGGGAUCAAGAAGUGAGGAUUUCCAUUUUCUGGGUGCUGAGAAUUUGUCAUUCGGCUAGGUUUUCCAGAGUAUUGGGUUGCAAGGAAGAGAUAGCCAGGAUGAGUUUCAUGAUAAAAUAGUUCAUUUUUUGGUAAAUAGGAGUAUUUAUCCACUUUCUGGCAAAGCAGGGAGAUGUAGUUCACUCUCGACUGCUGCAGUUGAUAUUCAUGGUCAUUGGAGGUAUGAAAUACCGAUAGAUGGAUUGUGCAGGGAAUGAUAUGGAGAGCUUUAUUCUGUGCUUCUUAGCUUGUUGACGCAAACCAGUGGAUGGAGAAAGCCAUAACGAAUGGUGUGUACGCAAUAAGGAUGUGAUUGGUGUUUCUUCCAGGUGGAUUUAGACUGUCAUUCAUGAUGUAAAUGAUUGUUGGCUAGGAAAGCAAGUAGUGUUAGGUCUUUCAGUGCUAAAUCUUUCUUUAGAGGCCUUACUUCAUCUUAUUUGAUCAUAUUUUUUAUUAGGUCAUGAGAAUAUGAAUGGACUGGAAUUUUCUU